UUUCCUUACCCCUCUCAACUUCUUCCUCUUUCUGUCAUUCCCAGGUUUCCACUUGGUCACUGCAGACACUAUGCUCUCUCUCAGCUCUCUCCCCAGCACCAUUGUCCCCAGCCUUCCCUCCUCUCCAGGGGGCUGUGCUACUGGAGGACCGAGGGCACAGUCCUCCAGACAGGAGGUGGCGCUGUUCCAGACCCUGCAAGAGGCUCUGAGGGAGAUCGACCUGCCUGAAACACAGGACCUGCCACAGGGUAUGAGUCACUCUGAGAUGUGCAUCUGUGUUUUGGGAUCCCCACUCCCCUACCUCUCUCUGCUGUUAGAGGCAGGCCAACGGAGCCCAGGAGAUGCUCUCCUGUGUCUCUGUCCAUCCUGGCUCUCUCGCUCCUCCUCCCUCCUGGUCCACAAGGCUGUCACCUUUGACCUGGGAGGGCGCACUUACCUAUCCAACUUCAACCCGCCUCGCAGGGUCACCUACUUCCUGUCAUCUGACCCGUGGGCUAAGGAGGAAAUGACCCGAGAGACAGACUGCCCAAGCGGAGGUUCUGGAGCACUGGGUCAGUUCUGGGGGAAUGUUCUGACCACCAGGGUUCUGCUGCAGAAGGCCAAGAUCCACUGCCCCCCAACCCUGGCCCUUCUGUUACCACCGGGGCAGAUGAGGCUGGAGGAGGGCAGGACAGGAGGGGUGGAGGUGGUGCACCUGGAAAUGGGAGCGGAGGAAGGGAUGAACUCUGUCAGAAACAAGGUGGACACUUUCCUGGAGUCUGAGAAUAUGAGGGGAUCAGAGAGGGUGGUGCUCAGGUGCAGUGGGGGGAGGUUCGUGGGCGAGGCAACCUCACCCCCUGUCUACCUGUCGAGGAACAGCAGGGAUGAGGUCUGGGCCAAGGUGAGUUAUCUCCUGCCCCAACUCCUCCCUGGAGAGGCAGUGCUGCUCGAGGCCUACUGCUCCCCACUGAAGCCUGGGCCACGGGUAGAGGACCGCACCUGGGAACAGUACACCGACUGCAGGCCUCAGGUUCCAGACCUGUCCUUCAGACUGUGUGCCAUAGUAACUCGCUCACCUCUGGACCUGCCUCUCCUCUACAAGUUGGUGUGUAGAGUGGGUGUGUCCGACGACCCUCUCUCUCACAGCCACUCCCUCUCUCAGUCUUUGGAGACCACCCUAUUAGAGUGCGGUUUCACUGACCCUACCAUGGCGAAAUCUCUCUGCCGUCUAGCACUGGACACCGCCCUGUCCUGCCUCUGUGUUGUCAUGGAAACAGAGUCAAGCAUGUCCGCAGAACAACGCGGUGGAGCGGGUGCCCAGACCGACAUGAUAGGCGUGGACCUCCUUUUCACCAUGGAUGGCUCCAUCAUCAGGCCUGUUAUUUUGGGCCUCCAUCCCUCCCUCUGUCUCCACUCCUCCUUCCAAGAGCGAGGGAUGGGGAUGGAGGGAUGCGACAGUGGGAUAGAGGGGUGGAGUAGGGGCACCCUCCUCCUCACCCCUCUCACCCGCUCCCAGUACUACCUGAUGCAGGGGAAAACUGUGCUGGUGGUGGGAGCUGGAGGACACAGUAAGAAGUUCAUCUGGAAAACAGCCAAACAGUACAAACUCAAGAUCCUGCUGGUGGACAGUGACCCUGCCCACUUCGCCUCCCAGUUGGUCGACCACUUCCUCCCCCUGCCAGACCUCCCCGACCAUCGGCGUGACGACCAGCACUGCUCCCGCAUCUGUGAUUGGCUGUUGUCCUCCAGCCUCCGCCCUGACGGCUGCGUGUGCUUCUGGGACGAAUGCGUGGUGCUGACAUCGCUGGUCUGUGAUAGGCUGGGGCUCAGGGGCCCUCCCCCUCAGGCCAUCCGCAUUGCAAAGGAGAAGAGCCGCACCCACAGGCACCUCCUGGGCCCUCCUCUCCUCUCUCCCUCCCCUUCCUCCUAUGCUGUUCCCUGUAUCCACGUGGAGAGCACCCUGGAUCUGGAGAAGGCUGUGGGGGUGGUGAGGUUCCCAGCGGUGAUGAAGCUGGAGUACGGCGCGGGGGCGGUGGGCGUGAGGAAGGUAUGCUCUCUGGAGGAAAGUCUGGCACACUUUGAGAGGAUCGGCGGGGACCUCCGCGAGGAGACAGACUACCCUGGCAUCGGCCUGGGCUGGGGCAACGCCAUGAUCCUCAUGGAGUACGUGGGAGGCACCGAGCACGACGUGGACGUGGUCCUGUUCGAGGGGAGACUGGAGGGCGCCUUUGUGUCCGACAACGGCCCCACGCGCACCCCGGCCUUCACCGAGACGGCCGCCCAGAUGCCCUCAGGGCUGGCGCAGGACAAGCGUGCUCAGCUGAUCCGCGCAGCACACCACGCAUGCCUGGGCUGUGGCCUGCGAGACGGCGUGUUCAACGUGGAGCUGAAGAUGACAGAAGUGGGCCCGAGGCUCAUAGAGAUCAACGCCCGCAUGGGCGGCUUCUACCUGUGCGACUGGAUCCGCCAGCUGUAUGGCGUGGACCUCCUGAUGGCGGCCUUCAUGGUGUCCUGUGGGGUGCGUCCCUGCCUGCCCUCGGCCACAGCCCUCCCAGCCAGAGGCCACUUUGCUGGGGUGAUGGUGGUGGUGUCACGGCACCUCCAUGCCCUGAGGACCACAGCCAGCCCUGAGCGCCUGAGAGGGCUCCACCAGGAGGGGGCAUUGUGGCUGAACGAGCUGGCGGAGGAGGAUGAACUGAUCUCUGGUGAGUACGAGGAGCCCUUCUGUAAUGUCGGGGUGAGAGAUGCCCACAAUGCCACCAACGCUCGCCAGCGCCUCCUCGCCCUCUGCCAAGGGCUGGGCCUGCACUGUCCUCCACGCUACGACCUGGGCUACUUCCUGUCCCAUUUCAACUAGACAGGAACUCAGGGGGGAGAAGCAGGGUUUGUUCAGGAGGGUGCCACAUUUACAUUUGAAUCACAGAUUGAAAUAAUACAAAGAGCUGAAACGAUUCCUUACUCUGCAGAAUUAUAUAUAUUAUAUACCUGCCUGAAUGUUUGUUCAUUACAUUGGACCCUUCUGAAUAGAACCCAUGUUUAGCAAGGUUGUGCUGUGUGCAGGGGUUAGUUUAGUUCACUUAAAAGGUACAUCACAGGAUGAACAAACACUUCUCAUAUCAAAACAUAAUAUGUUAUCUCAAAAUUGCAAAUUCAGGAACUAAUCAUUCAGGUAGCAGAACCUUUCCAUUUUUAGCACUUAUAUUUUGGGGACCAUCUCAGGAAUAAAAUACAAGUUUCGAAAAGAUAUCUUCAUCAGUGAUUGGGUAGAAUAGGAUAUGGGUGUCUAUCUAUCUUGAAUUUAACAUUCAAAUAUGGAAAAAACUUAUGGAAAAGCUUCUACUUUUCAGUUUAUUGACAAGUCAUAAAAUAAAUAGAGGCCCUUUGUCCAAUUAUUGAAUUGGAAUUUCAGUUUACUUCCUGAAUUGACAGCCUUCAUUUCAAAUCGACCCCAACCCUGUUUUCUACUAGGUUGUGGCAUCAGCAGUCUACCUUACUACAUCAUAACGUAGUAGGCUGCACACUGUGAACACAUAACAGUUGUUAAUAACCUGCACACUGUGAACACAUAGCAGUGGAUUAAUAACAUAUACACUGUGAACACAUAACAGUUGAUGAAUAACAUAUACACUGUGAACACAUAACAGUUGAUUAAUAACAUAUACACUGUGAACACAUAACAGUUGAUUAAUAACAUAUACACUGUGAACACAUAACAGUUGAUUAAUAACAUAUACACUGUGAACACAUAACAGUUGAUUAAUAACAUAUACACUGUGAACACAUAACAGUUGAUUAAUAACUUGCACACUGUGAACACAUAGCAGUUGAUUAAUAACAUAUACACUGUGAACACAUAACAGUUGAUUAAUAACAUAUACACUGUGAACACAUAACAGUUGAUUAAUAACAUAUACACUGUGAACACAUAACAGUUGAUUAAUAACUUGCACACUGUGAACACAUAACAGUUGAUUAAUAACAUAUACACUGUGAACACAUAGCAGUUGAUUAAUAACAUAUACACUGUGAACACAUAGCAGUGGAUUAAUAACAUAUACACUGUGAACACAUAACAGUUGAUUAAUAACAUAUACACUGUGAACACAUAACAGUUGAUUAAUAACAUAUACACUGUGAACACAUAACAGUUGAUUAAUAACAUAUACACUGUGAACACAUAACAGUUGAUUAAUAACAUAUACACUGUGAACACAUAACAGUUGAUUAAUAACUUGCACACUGUGAACACAUAACAGUUGAUUAAUAACUUGCACACUGUGAACACGUAGCAGUUGAUGAAUAACUUGCACACUGUGAACACGUAACAGUUGAUUAAUAACUUGCACACUGUGAACACAGCAGUUGAUUAAUAACCUGUACACUGUGAACACAGCAGUUGAUUAAUAACCUGUACACUGUGGACACAUAACAGUUGAUUAAUAACAUAUACACUGUGAACACAUAACAGUUGAUUAAUAACUUGCACACUGUGAACACAUAACAGUUGAUUAAUAACAUAUACACUGUGAACACAUAACAGUUGAUUAAUAACAUAUACACUGUGAACACAUAACAGUUGAUUAAUAACUUGCACACUGUGAACACAUAACAGUUGAUUAAUAACAUAUACACUGUGAACACAGCAGUUGAUUAAUAACUUGCACACUGUGAACAAAUAACAGUUGAUUAAUAACCUGUACACUGUGAACACAUAGCAGUUGUUAAUAACCUGCACACUGUGAACACAUAGCAGUUGUUAAUAACCUGCACACUGUGAACACAUAGCAGUUGUUAAUAACCUGCACACUGUGAAUACAUAGCAGUUGUUAAUAACCUGCACACUGUCAACACAUAGCAGUUGAUUAAUAACCUGCAAACUGUGAACACAGCAGUUGAUUAAUAACCUGCACACUGUGGACACAGCAGUUGAUUAAUAACCUGCACACUGUGAACACAUAGCAGUUGAUUAAUAACAUAUACACUGUGAACACAUAGCAGUUGUUAAUAACCUGCACACUGUGAACACAUAGCAGUUGAUUAAUAACAUAUACACUGUGAACACAUAGCAGUUGUUAAUAACCUGCACACUGUGAACACAUAGCAGUUGUUAAUAACCUGUACACUGUGGACACGUAGCAGUUGAUUAAUAACCUGCACACUGUGAACACGUAGCAGUUGAUGAAUAACUUGCACACUGUGAACACAGCAGUUGAUUAAUAACCUGUACACUGUGAACACAGCAGUUGAUUAAUAACCUGUACACUGUGGACACAUAGCAGUUGAUUAAUAACCUGUACAAAGUGAACACGUAGCAGUUGAUUAAUAACCUGCACACUGUGAACACGUAGCAGUUGAUUAAUAACCUGCACACUGUGAACACGUAGCAGUUGAUUAAUAACCUGCACACUGUGAACACAUAGCAGUUGAUUAAUAACCUGUACACUGUGGACACAUAGCAGUUGAUUAAUAACCUGUACAAAGUGAACACGUAGCAGUUGAUUAAUAACUUGCACACUGUGAACACGUAGCAGUUGAUUAAUAACCUGCACACUGUGAACACGUAGCAGUUGAUUAAUAACCUGCACACUGUGAACACGUAGCAGUUGAUUAAUAACCUGCACACUGUGAACACGUAGCAGUUGAUUAAUAACUUGCACACUGUGAACACGUAGCAGUUGAUUAAUAACUUGCACACUGUGAACACGUAGCAGUUGAUUAAUAACUUGCACACUGUGAACACGUAGCAGUUGAUUAAUAACCUGCACACUGUGAACACGUAGCAGUUGAUUAAUACCUUGCACACUGUGAACACGUAGCAGUUGAUUAAUAACCUGCACACUGUGGACACAAGGCAGUGCAGGGUUGGAACAGGUGGGAGGGGGAGUAAUAUUACACAUGCAGUAGGUCAGAGUAUCAUUAGCUAAAUAGUUAUAUGAAGGAAGAGCAGAGGAAAAUUGCAGAUUUUGAGGAAGGGGGUUUGAGGAGAGCAGUGGAAUAGCUGAAACAGGUGGACAGGGGUGGCGAUUGCGGAACCUUUUAACUCUUGGCCCAGAGAUGAUGUCUGCGGGGCCAGUGCGUUUGAACUUUUGGGAAAAUGUAGAAUUUAGGAAUGCAAACUCCCAUACAUGUGAAGUUAGAGGUCAUAUGAAAGUUCAUGUCUUAAUUUAAAAGGUUGAAGUUAAAUGUUGUUCCCCCAAAAAUAACCCGCUAACUAAAAGUGUAUGGAAAUGGGGAUUGAAUUCCACCACAUAUUCACACCAAUUUUAGCCCAUAAAACAAAGUGCGUUAUUUUGUAAAUGAGAAAUAAUUUGAGGCAGUUUCACCGUUGCAAUCCUCUUGACCCUCUUGACCCUGGCAGUUAAUGUCUGUAGUGUGGCAUUUGGGGUCUGGUGUCAGACUGACCCAGUAAGCAGGGUGAAACUGAGAUGCCAUAAGUAUGUAUCCUGGCCACACCACACAACCCCCCAGACAAGGUUUACAGUGGUCAAAAGGUUGGGGAUUUCCCAUAUCUUCUGUUUCUGACUAUUUGUUUAUGUAUUUCUGAUGUAACAUUUGGGAAAAUAUAGUAAACAUAUUUUUUUUACCUUUAUUUAACUAAGUAAGUAAAGUAAGAACGACUCUGGGCCAAUAGGGCACCUCACCAAUCACGGCCAGAUGUGAUACAGCCUGGAUUCUAACUAGAGAUUGUAGUGACACCUCUUGCACUGAGAUGCAGUGCCUUAGACAGCUGCACCACUCGGGAGCCAACACUUCUGGCUUUUACUCAAAAAGGAGGUGUGAGAGGAAAGUUCAAGAAUAAAACAUCCUAUCAAGAUUACAUCAUUAAAACCAAAGAAUAUGUCAAUGACGGUUUCAAUGAUCUGUGCCCUAUUAAACAAACACACAAUACCCAGGCCAGCGACCUCCCUAAAAAAGGGCUCUACUGCAGGUCAGCAUGGGGCAUAUUAGGCUGUGAAAACAAAAUGACUGACUGCAGCCUCUAUUCAACCACAGCAGUGUGUUGUGGCUCGCCAUUUGCUCUAAACAUGUUGACAAUAAUGUUAGCUCAAUGCUCACACAAACCUAAAUGGCCAGAUAAUAUGUGUUGUUGUUGUAGUACUCAUCGUUCAGCACUUAAAACACCCAGUAAUUCACCUUAUCUUCAGCACCUCUCACUAGCGGUGAAUCGAAUGGUCAUCUAUGGCUGCUUCAGGUUAUGGCAAAAGAUAAGCCUGUAGUUCCUCAUUGACAGACCACGAAUCCUGAUCAGGACUUCAGUAGCUAAGCUGCAGAGGAGAAAGGAGAGAGAGUGUUUGAAAGAAGCUGCUUACUUAGUUAGAUCAAAGUUUUUAUAUUAUAUUGACAAGAUAGUUGAGUGGCCUCUCAAACAAUGGAAAUACAUAUCCUCAAGAUGGAAGGCAAGAUUAGGUGGGACCAUUCUAGGCUGUCUAGAUGGGAUACAAUUUAUGUUAGAAUUGACCUUUCGUAUCAGGUUAGGAGAACUUACGCAGCAGGUUAGGAGAAUUAGGGUAAGCGUACCUACGAAGCCCACUUCUUUCUUUGGAUUUUUUUUUAUUUUUAACUAAAAAUAAAUUUCCUGCUGUUUAAUGAUGCGACUAAUUCAUCUGGUUGUUAUAUCCAUACAUUUUCCGGUUCUAAACCAGUCCAAUGUUUUAUUAUUAAAUGAUUAACAAUGUGUAAGGUCACACUAGUGGCGAAUUUCAAAGUUGCAAAAAAAAACGUUGGUGUUGAAGCAAGGGUUGGAACGGAAAUGAUUUUCCAAUCGUUUCAUUCUGGACAGAAUCACAAUGUUUUUCUGUUCGGACCAGCAAAAUAAUGUCCUGAACCGAUUCGAACCCCAAAAAAUACUGGAUUAUAUCGUUCCUUUCUGUUCCUUUUUUAACCUGUGAAAUCAACCGUGUUUUACAUUUAGCUCAUUAAAAAUGACUUCGCCAAUCAGCGCGGAUAGAGCAGGCAAGCUAGUUGUUUACACGCGUGAUGUACAGACAACUGUAGUUUACAUCGCAAGAUGCGACUGAUAUUUUGUGGGUGGG